AUGAGAGUAGUUAGUGGAACAGUAAAAAGCACACCGACGAAAUGGUUACCAGUCUUAACUAAUAUUCUGCCACCAUCAUUACGCAGUAAGGAGGCACUGCUUAGAACAACAACCAAAGCUGAUAGGACGAAAAGAGCCCUGUUUUAUCAAAUGCUGAGAAAUACACCUAACCUCAGGUUAAAAUCAAGGAAAUCCCCAUGGAGCACAGCUAAGGAGUUGGCACUAUCAAACUUUGAGGGUACAAAAGAAUGGAGUGAAAACUGGAUAUCAAUAGAUGUAAAAAAUAGUGGUCUAGUGUCAGACUCAAAUAAAGGUGUAGAAGGCAUGGAUUUACCACGAGAUGUAUGGUCCGUAGUCCGUACUUAA